AUGGCCGAGUAUAACAGCGCAGUCGACCCGAAGAUACCGGUGCUGAAGGGCGAGACGUUGAAGGACAUCACCAGAUACAAGAGGGCAGUUCAGGCGGCAGAGCUGAGCUGCGAGAGCAAGGAGUCAAAGCAGGCGCUCUGUCCGAAGCUGUACAGGAACCUGCUGGGCGCGGACAACUCCAUAAGCGUGCUGAUCGAGCAGACGAAUCCCAAGGACUACGCGACGGAGGACGGCGCCGCGAGAUUCCUACGAUUCCUCGAGGAGCAGCGCUUCGCCAAGAGCAGCUUCAGGGAGCUGCCGAAGGCGUUCGACGCAUUUUUCGACCAGACUCACUUCGAGAAGAAGGGCGAAGAGCCGAUGGCGGCGUUUUGCACAGCGAUGGAGGUGGCGAAGCGCAACCUCGAGGAAGUGGACCCUGACACGAAGAUCAGUGCGAACGAGCUAGGGCACCGCACGCUGAAGAGAAGUGGACUCGACAAGGACGAGCGCAACCUAGUGAUAGCACGAGCAGAUGAGACCUUCAACUUCCAGAAGAUUAGCACGAUGCUGAAGAACCUCUUCCCACGAGGCGGAGGUCGGCACCGGGAUCGACAAGGAGCGAGAACGAGCUGGCGAUGGGCGAACUACAACGACGGCGAGCGCGACCUGGGGGAUGAGGACAAGAGCGUCGAGCAUGACGGGUACUGGGUCCAGGACGACGACGGCUACUGGUACGAGUGGGACGAAGAGCACGGUGUCUACGCGUUCGCGGAAGACGACGACAACUGGGACAGCAGUGACAUGUUCUACAUCGGGGACGACACCGACGUCUACCUCGCGAGCGAGGACGACGAAAACCAGCAGGCCCUCGUCACGCUGCGCGAGAGCCGGCUGAAGAUGAACAAGAUCCGGGCGGCUCGGGGUUUCUUCAAGGGACGAAUCGAUGGAGUAGUGGACGAGAGCGCGGCGGCCGGUGGCAAGGCAGCCGGGAAAGGAAGCAAAGGCGGCAAGGGCAAGGACGGUGGCAAAGGUAAGUCCAAAGACAAGAGGUGCGCCAACUGCGGAAAAAUGGACCACGCUACACCAGACUGCCCGACGCCGCGACCUGCGCGGCCGGCAGGCAAGGGUUUCAAGGGCCGCGGCAAGACCUCGAAGGCUCAAUCACGUCCACGACGGCUUGGUUUCUGGGCGAUGACCACACUGGUGCGCGUCAUGCCGGACAUGUUCCACCAGAAGGACGCCCAGGACCCGGAGCCUGCGACGGAGAAGUUCCAGGAGCCAGCCGAGCACGACAUCAUGAUGGUCAAAGUGGAGAGCGACCCGAUCCUACCUGAAGUACCAGAAGUGGACGCGAUGAUCUCGAGCACGAUCGUGCCAGCCACCCUGGUGGACAGCGGCGCCUCCGUGGCGGUGGCAGGGCGCGGCUGGCUGGAUAAGAUCGCCGCGGAGCUCGAGAAGUAUGGCCUGAGGCCCAUCAUCGUCGAGGCGAGCCAGAAGUUCAAGGGACUUGGCGGCGCGCGACGCGAGGCGAAGCAGAAGUGGAUCAUCCCGAUCGGCAUUGGCAAGAAGCAUGUCCUACAAGAGUAUUUCGAGAUCCCAGGCGACAUGAUCGGCCUGACGAGCAAGAAGAACCUGGCGGACAGGAAGACGAACCUGUACCUGCGCGAGGACGGCCAGUGGGCCGACUUCCAGGAUCUCGGGGUGUACGACAAGGAGCUCGUGAAGCUUCCCGGCGGCCGCGCGGGCAUCGACAUCUUCGACUACGACUUGGAGUCGUACGAGGCGGAGCCCCUCUUCGAGAAGUUCCGCAUCAACGUCGAGAAAGUCGAGCCGGAGGUUUUCCUGGUCGCGGAGACGCUGCAGGUGACCAAGCCAGACUUCAGAGUCCAGGGGAUCCUCAAGAAGGGUACGCUCAAGCGGAUCGACAAACUUAUGAAGGAGUAUGCGGUUAUAUUCGACGUUCUGCGGGACAACAACGAGACGUUUCUCUGGGAGUUGUUCGCGAAGGAGGCUCGCUUUACUCAUGUAGCUUCGAAGGGUGGUCACGCGAAUGCGACCCCCUCGGACCUAUCAGUUGAAGUGAACUUUAACGACCCUCGGACACGAUCAGAUUUCCUGUUUUUGAUUAGGACCUUCAAGCCCGGCAUCGGCGAGAACCCCCUCACCAGCCGGGCGUGGCGUGAAGCCUCGAUCGUGGACCUGCUGAGCUGGCAUGGGAACCAGCCGCCACUCUACGAGACGGCCACGCUACACCAGUGCAUGCACGGGCUCGUGGACAACUACGGCGACCCGAUUCGCAAGCCGCCGUGCAUGAUGGUGCCCAACGGCUCGUGCUUCUCUGGGUGGCUCGAGCGCAGGUGCGACGGGGGCCACCAGCACGCCGACAUGGUCGGGCGGAGUACGGCACUGGCACAAGCGGGCGCCUGGCCGGACGACCUGGGCAAGGCUCUGGUGGGCGCCGGCGCGCACGAGCUGGCACGACGGACGAGCCCGAAGGAGAUGGCCAUCGGUAACGGCACGGCGAGGUCCCCGAGCAAGCAGAUCGUGAAUGCAGUGGCCAAGGCGUUCAAGCUAAGGAAAGAUCUGAUCGGCGUGCGCGUGUUGACGGGUGACGAGGAGGGCGCACUGGCGGACUACAGCGACGCCUACGCGGGCGACCCGGGCUUCGGGACGAUCAAGCUGGUCAAGCGGUUCCCCACCGACACGGUGAUCGCAGUUUACGUGAAGGAGCCGAAGGUGCAGACGUCCUUCCCUGCGACGGUGCACAUCUACGGGAGCAAGCCCAAGACCUUUGCUCCAGAUGAUCGUGAAGCUGACACGGCACAUCGAGACUUACAACAUGAUGGUGAGAGUUUCGGGGAUAAGCCUUCGGACAUCACCACGGCCCAGUGGGGCGCUCUCAAGAAGCUCCACCUCAACCUGAGCCACCCCUCUGCUCACGCACUGAAGCGUCGGCUGAAGUCCUACGGAGCGUCGCAGCAAGUGCUGGAUGCGGUUGACAAGCUGGACUGCGGCGUGUGCAAGGAGCUCGGCAGGCCGACUACGGUGAGAAGCUCCAACCUGAAGCUCUCGACGGAAUUCAAUGAGAACGUGUUCCUCGACGAAGCCGAGGUGAUUCUAGCAGACGGGACCCGACUGAUGGUCAUGGUGAUUCUGGACGACGCGUCGGGCUUCUGGGUGACCAUCCCUACUACUGCAGUGAGGUCCAUCACAGGUGAAGAGAGCCUGCGAUGCUUUUCGCAAGGCUGGCUAUCGUGGGCUGGACCACCCAAGGUGCUGUACUACGACGCGGCCAAGGGCCACAUCACGCAGCGGUUCGCAGAGAUCGGAGAGAAGUAUACUAUCCUGAUGAGGCCGGUCCCAGCAGAGGCGCCCCAGCUCAAGGGUCGAGUGGAGCGCGCGAUCGACUUCUUCAAGGACCACUUCCAGCGCCUGAACCGCGACGUGCAGCUCACUAAGGACGACGAUCCGCAUGUGUGGACAUCGGUGAUAGCGAGCACGUGCAACAACCACAUUCGGAGGAACAGCUUCACCCCCUACCAAUACGUGCUGGGUAGGUCGCCUGACAUCCCGGCCUCGCUGAUCGAGGCGAUGGAGGGCGACCGGAGGCAGCUGGCAUCGCAGAGCGCGGCUCUCUUGGAGGAGGGCCCGAGGAGAGCAGAGCAGAUACGUGCGGCGGCGAACCGGGCGUUCUUCGAGCUGGACAGCGAUGACGCCGUCAGGAGGGCCAUGGUUGGCCGAGGCCACACGAGGCUGCACCUCAGCUACCGCGGGGUGCCGGUGCUCGCGACGCCAGAGCAGGUGCGACACGCGUCCCGCAGCGAGGCGGACAUGGUGGAGAACGAGGACUUGGUCAGGCAGCUCUCUCACUGGCGUGGAGGACCUACGCUACAGAAGGGGUUCAUCGAUGAGCGCGGACCUGGGCCAGAUGGGAGCGACAAGACGGGAGUGCGCCGCGACAGGGGCGAGAAGGACUCGGACCACGAGGACGGCGUGAUCGACACACCUACGGCUGAGGCACCGCGUACCGAGCCGGCUCCACCACCGCCACGGCCAGUGGUCGAGGCGACACCGAAGAAGGAGCGUGAGGAGGAGAACGUACCUGCACCUGGAGACCUACCUGAAGUACCACCACUACCGGGAGGAGGACCGUCUCCUCCAGAGCAAACUACGGACCCACCUGCUGCGGCAGCUGGGCAGGGGCACUCCAUGGACCUGGACGCGGAGGCAGAUCGCGAGCGCCUACGACUGCGACGCGAGGCUCUCAAGGGCAGCUCCAUGCGACUGCCGAAGGUACCAGACGACCCGAUGGAUCAGGAGGCACUCUUCGUCAAGGUCAAGAAUCGCCAGAGGGGCGCGUUUCUGUCCCGGAGGACCGAGACGACGAAGAAGCAGGUCACUCCCAAGAAGGGUCGGGAGAUCCGCAGCAUUCCCCAGGAGUGGAAGGCGGCUUUUGACGCGAGCGACCUGGAGGAGUGGCGCAAGUGGGUCGAGUACGACGCAGUGGACUGGCCGACUGAGGAGGAGCUCGCGGGGGUGGACAAGACGGCGAUCCUGCCCAUGAGGCGCGUUCGCACGGACAAGAAAGAGGAGACGAGGGGCAACCUGUCGUACGAGCAGCACCCGCUCAAGGCGAAGUCCCGGAACAUCGUUCCAGGAUACAAGGACAAGCAGCUGCUUGCUGGCGAGUUGCAGACCAACGCCCCCGCUCUGACGGACACGGCCACGGCGGUGAUCCUGCAGGAGGCCGCUAGCCAGUUGGGCUGGAGGCUGGAACAGGGCGACGUCGACUCGGCAUUUCUGAACGGGAAGUACCUCGACAGCUCUCGACGCGUAUACUUCCGCGCAGCGAAGGGUGGCCUGCCAGCUGUACCGGAGUUGGGCUGGCCAGCCGUUCCAGAAGGUACGGUGCUGAGAGCGAAGAAGGGGAUCUACGGGCUGAAUGAUGCACCUCUGUUGUGGUACGAGGAGCAUCGCGACACCAUGCUGUCUCUUCCAGGAGCGUCGAGAUCGAAGUUGUGCCCGGCUCUCUUCAUCUUCCACGACGAGAAUGAGAAGCUGAUCGGCCUGAUGGGGACGCACGUGGACGACGACUUGGUAGCGGGCUCGCCCGAGUUCUUCGCUAAACAGGUGACCAAGCUGAGGAAGAUGCACUGCUACGGCAAGUGGCAGACGGCGAAGACCGGUUUCCACCACUGCGGGAGAUUCCUCAAGCAGAGAGAUGACGGCACCAUCGCCUGCAGCCAGAGGGAGUACACCGAGAGCAUCGAGAAGAUUCCGAUCUCCAACGAGCGUCGCAAGGACAAGGAAGCGAAGGCUACACCCGAGGAGAGGGCGAUGCUCCACAGCGGCAACGGCCAGAUUCAGUGGCUGGUGCGAUCUACCCGUAUGGACUUGGCAUUCCGACUGGUGGGGAGCCAAGCGAGGGCCCACGACAGCGACCUGAAGGUUCAGCUGGACUUCAACAAGCUGGUGAGCGAUGCCAAGACGGACCACGUGGACAUCACUUUCAAGAAGAUCAACAUAGACGACGCGAUCGUGGUGGCGGUUGGAGAUUCGAGCCACGGCAACGUGGGCAAGACGAAGACCGCGAGUCAGGCGGGCCUGGUCAUCCUGCUAGCAGACAACAAGGACGAUCAGUUCCUCCGCGGGAUGCCUGCCAAGGUCACUCCCAUGUUGUGGCGGUCGCACCGUAUCAAGCGGGUGGUGCGCAGUACCCUGGCAGCCGAGACGAUGGCGGCGCUGGAGGCGGUCGAGAGUGGCGACAUGCUGAGGCAGCACCUGGUGGAGCUGCACUAUGGACUCGGCUACCGGACCCACAUGGACGAUGUGGAGGCGAUCAAGAUGGUGGAAGUCACGGACUGUAAGUCGCUGUACGACCUGCUCCAGAAGCGAGGGACGGUGCCCUCCGAGAAGCGACUGCUGAUCGACAUCGAAUCGCUCAGGAACGACCUGGAGUUCAACAACGUGGUGAGCAAGUGGGUGAGCACGAAGCAGAUGCUCGCCGACUGCCUAACCAAGCACGACGUCCGCGCUGGCGACUACAUGAGGUAUGUGCUCCAAACCGGCGAGUACCGGCUCAUCGCCAAGCAGAGGAUGGAGCUCAAAGGACGCAGGGGUGAAUACUACCGCUCGAAGUAUCCCAAGAGGCAGCGGCCUGCUGACCAGCUCUUCGUUCACGAGGGCUACACCUACUUCGAGGAGUGCAUUGCGGAUGUGAGGUACAAUGCGCGUGUGGCUCAGCCUGCUCCGAAGCCAUACCUCCGUUGGCGGAUGAUGCUUGGACAGCGCGAGGACGACAUCUACUACGAGAAGCUCGAGGACAUGGUUGACUGGUCUGGAUUAGACCAGGUGUCAAAGCGUCGGAGGAUCCCGACCCAGGUGCGGAAACUGCUGACGAUCUACGCACCGACCAAGGCGGCCCUCGAGCGCUACGAGAAGGACUUCACGGAGAAGCACACCAUCAAGAAGCCGAAGGUGACGACCGAUGACGACCCCAAAGAGGAACCAGGUGUCACCGAGGAGCUCGGUGCGCACGUCGAGUCAGACGGAAACGUGAAGGAGGAUAGCACCGACGUUGCGGAGAUCUACAUCAUGGACGCUGCGGGUGCCGAGUCCGAGGAGAUCAAGUCAGGCGCCGCUGCAGCGGCAACGGUGACGGUAUGUGCGUUGUGUCGGAUGACGCUGGACCAGUGCGAAUGCGGACCGAGGACACGCAAGAAACCACAUCGGGCGUCUACCUCGACGCGUGCCGAUGACCUGCCUGCUGUACCGGGUGACGAAGAUGACGACGAUGAGGAGGCAGGGACCUGGCAGAAGGUACCGCACCAACGCAAGGAGUCCAUGACCCCGACGAAGAAAGAGAUGCUGAAGGCUCGCGCGCUACACGAGAGAACCGGACACUCAUCGUACGAGAAGAUCGCGGACGAGUUCGGCGACAUGAUCGAGGAAGGUGUUCUCGAGGCGUACGAGCUGGUGGUCAAGAACUGCGACGAGUGUCGUCGAGGAAAGAAGACCUACGCCUCCGUGCAGCGGGGAGCCAAGAGCAGCGAGUUCGAGACGCACGAGUCCACGAGCAAGGCCAAGGGCAAGCCCAAGGGCAAGCAGACGGCCUGA